GUUCUGUCUCUCGCGCGCGAGAGGUAUAGCCCUUUCCCUGAGCUUCUUUUUUGACUUGGAAUGGUUUUUUUGAAUACUUUUAUGGGUUAUUGAAAGUUUGUGAAGUUUUUCUGCUGGGGAUGCUGCACGUGCCGUUGCUCCACGGGGGCGUGAAGGAAGUCCUGCUCCUGCCGAGCCUGUCGACCGCCUCGCCAGGAUCCUUCGCCCUCGCCUGCGUCCUCCUUGCCCUCUGCACCGCCCUCGUCGAGGUCCUACGUCUGGCAGCAUGGUGGGUGGAGAACCGGAGGAUAAACAAGCCGGGGAGGCAGACACGUGGAGGAACCUGCGACUGUAAACACUGCACGAGCGUUACCGUCAGCCUGCGAGGGGUGACGGAAGGCAAGCAGUACAACGCGAUCCACGAUGCCAAUAGCGGCGAGUCCCUGAGCAUGCAGCCUCCUUCGAGCUCACCGCUGUCAGCCAGGCGAACCGGCUUGUGGCUCACUGUCUCAGGCGUCCUGCACCUCCUCAUCUACCUGACCUCCACCCUGCUCAUGCUCAUCGCCAUGACCAUGAACGUCUAUCUCAUCCUGUCUAUGGGCGUCGGGGCCUCCUGCGGGAAAAUCGCCAUCCUCAUCGCUCGCAGGAGGAUGGAGGACGGCUUGUGCAAGUGACGCCAGAACAGGAUUUCGCCAAAGCCCUGGGUGGUGAGAACGGCCGCCCGCACACCACGCUCUUCUGAGGGUCCUCGCUGCGAUCAUAGUUACGAUGGAGGGAAUCUACGCGCGUCACUGAGUUUGACCGAAUUACUUGUAAGAAUACUAUGAAAUCAUAUAUUCAUACCAGUAAGAUGGUGAAAAGAUUUAUAUAUACAUAUAUUUUUACUAGAGUGUCCCGGUGACAUAAAUUAACGGGAACUCUAAUGAAUUGGAUUUCGCGACCAUCAACUAAAUAUGUCUAGACUCCAAAGCUCGCAAUCCUUUCAAAAUGCCCUCAGAAGUUGGCCGCUCCAUCUGCCUUGGUUUCUGAAAGAAUGUGAUUUAGGUAUAAAAGGGGCAUUUCAGCAGUGAUAGGGUAAAUGCUG